AUGGGAUACGCAUUUGUAGAGUUUGAGGAUCCUCGAGAUGCGGAUGAUGCUGUUAAGCAACUAAAUGGUUACGAGUUAGACGGAGCUCGCAUUGCUGUCGAAUGGUCACGUCGUUCAGGAGGACCAGGGAGUGGCUGUUUCUUAUGUAGUGGGCAAGGUCAUUGGGCCAGGGAAUGUCCUGAAGCUAGAGAGAAAGGCAUGGAUGUGCGGAGUGGACGAUGCUUCAGAUGCGGGGAACCUGGGCAUUUGGCUAAAUAUUGCAGGGGGGAUGGCGAAUACAGCAGAGGAAGAGGUCCAUCAGGAAGGUCUUCUAGAUACAAUCGAGAUAGGUCUCCCUAUGAUGACAGGAGACGUGAUUAUGAUGACUAUGAUCGACAUCGCCGUUAUUCCAGAUCUCCUUCAAGAUCGCCCGAGAGGUCUUACUCGCACUCAAGGAAUAGAUCUCGAAGUCCGUUUGCCAGGCGCACUCCUAGCCCAUAUAAUAACAACUAUGGAAAGAGGAGUCCAAGUCCGUAUGGGUAA